AUGUCCUGGGGAGGAUUUAAGAAAGCAAUUAACCGUGCUGGGGCUUCUGUCACAGUCAAGGGUGUCGAUAAAGUCAUGGAUAAGGACUUUGAUACUGAAGAAAGAAGAUUCAAAACUUUGAAAACCGCAGGGCUCGCUUUGCAGAAAUCAUCAAAGGGGUAUUUAGAUUCCAUUAGACAAAUAACAAAUUCCCAAGUCACCAUUGCUGAAAUUGUUUCCAAUUUAUAUGAAGAAUCCAAACAAGGGGCCCAAUCGGUAUAUUCCAAUGUUGGAUCAUGUUAUUUACAAUGUGUUCGAGAAUUUGACGAAGAAACCGUGAAACAAUUGGAUGGUCCAUUCAGAGAAACUGUUUUGGAUCCGGUGACUAAAUUUGCGAAUUAUUUCACAGAAAUUGAUGAAGCAAUCAAAAAAAGAGACCAUAAGAAGACGGAUUAUGAACAAUGUAAAUCCAAGGUAAGACGUUUGAUUGAUAAACCAGCCAAAGAUGCAGCCAAGUUGCCAAGAUCCGAGAAAGAAUUGGCUUUAGCAAAAGAAAUAUAUGACGAGUUAAAUGAACAGUUGAAGACAGAAUUGCCACAAUUGAUUGCAUUAAGAGUUCCAUUUUAUGAUCCAUCAUUUGAAGCUUUAGUUAAAAUUCAAUUGAGAUUUUGUACAGAAGGAUAUUCAAGAUUGGCACAAAUACAGGAAUAUUUGGAACCUUCUGCAAGAGAUGAUUAUGCCAAUGGGAUCUUGGAUGGUAAGAUUGAUGAGAUGUUGGUACAAAUGCAAGGUUUAAGUAUAACUACUUUAGGUGGUAAAUAA